UUUUCAGAUAAUAAUUUACUUUGUGCUGUUUAUGAAGGAUAUCAACAGGCUUGGGAUUUGGCAAAAGUUCCUUUAAUGGUUAAUCACAAUGAUGAACUCUUUGAUUUUUUAAAUACUUUUGAGAGACAAUUGAAUCAGUUAGAUAAUGAAAAUAAUGAAAAUGAUUUCUUUAAUAAUUUUAAUAAUAUAUUCCAAAAUAAUGAAAUAUCAGACUCAUAUGCAAUUACCACAGCAGCAAGUACCAUAGCUAAUUUUAAUACAAUUAAUAUUUGCAAUAAUAAUAUUGAGAAUAAUUUAAGAGAUGCAUGUCUUAAAUUAGCUUUUUUAUUAUCAGAUACAAAUUCAUUAAAUAAUCAUGAUUUAGAAAUAUAUAAAAAAUUUUAUACUGGUAUUACUGAAGCAAACACUUUAGAUAUUCCUUAUCUAGUUAAUUUAUGA